AACAAAAAAAAAAGGGAAAAAAACAGAGAAAGAGAAGAGACACAGAGAGAGUGUGUGAAGGGAAUUCGCUGUACCCGUAUCUGCCGCCAUAAUGCCGUCUCACUAUGAUUCCCGUGCCAGCGUUUUCACACAGCGCCCCCUCUCCCUUAACCACCGGCCUCCCCCUCCCUCACCUUUCGCCGAUAUACACACCGCUCAUCACCCCGACUUCCGCGUCCCACUUCAAACGGCCGGUAAUCGCCGGAAGAGAACGAGAUUUAUCAUGAUUUCGCCCGUCUCUCAUGAACAUCCUUUGUUUGACCAUCACCAGCCUGAGCAGGACAAGGACGAUCAAUAUCAAAACAGCCAGCACAAGAACCUGCCGAUACGGGAUUCGUCCCUGGAUUUUAUUGGCUCUUUCUUCGGCACCUCUUUAGCCAAUGUUGUUCCAUACGAUGGCUCUAUGUGUUCUUUGAAGAUUACCGAGGGGCCAGGCACUAACUUGGCAGCUACUCUUCCAGCUUCACUACCAACACAGCCUCGCGCCGAAUCUCCGUGUACCAAGGAUUGCUCCACUGCUUGUGAUAGAGCUGGCUGCGCAAACGAUUGCGAGUAUGACGAUUGCGGAGAAUGCAGCGGUGGGUGUCUGAUCGAGGUGGAGAUCUGUGACGAGAAGGAAUGCAUUGAUGGGUCGGGCUCGGAUCGAGACUGUCACGGCACACCAUGUCCAGAUGCAGAUGUCUGCCAUGAGACCAUUAUAUGCCAGAAAGACGACUGCUCUGAGGACCAGGGGUGCUCGGAGAAUUCUUGCAUGGGGAGCUACUGCCAUGAAGACUCUUGUCGGGAAGGGGGAGAUGAUGAUGACAUAUGCCAUGCUUCAUGCCAGUCCAACUGCCCAGUUGAUGGCUACAGUCACUCCGUCCUUGGGACACCUCAGGUUUCCACGUUUGUUAGUGCUCAGACAGACAACACUAUCGGAUGGUCACCGUCUGCGCGUCAGUCACAUGCACCGUACUCAAAUGUGGAGCCAACUCUUCUAAACCUGGACGUUCAGUCUCACCCUCAACCGCUCCCUUAUCCCCUCUCGGCUUCUUCACGCUCAUCGAGUGCCUUCUUUGAAAACCCUCAUGCGGAUUAUGAGAGCAACUAUGAGCUCUACUCUGCCCCCUCGAAGCGUCGAAGGGUUUCCACGCCAAUGUCAACCCCAAACUAUGGCCCCUACCCGGAACCCCACCCGACAACGGAUGCUACACUCAACGAUUGUGCGCAUCAACUCAACUGUCUUUGGAAUGACGGUUGCGACAUGAGCUUCAUGGAUAAUAAUUCCUUGGUGAGCCAUAUUAACAGCAGUCACAUUAAUUAUGAUGCUGAGCCAGUAUGUCUGUGGUCGGGCUGUGGUCAAGAGGUUCAGGACCAUGAAGUGCUGUUGGAUCACGUUAAGGACCUGCAUAUGCCUCAUGCGUAUCAAACGGUCUGUCUGUGGAAGGGCUGCAAUGCCGCUUUCCAGAACGAUGCGGAUCUUCAAUCACAUCUACGAACGCACCUAGAGGGACCAACAGAGCAAUGUCUGUGGGGCUCAUGCAAUACCGAGGCUCAUGAGAUAGAUGAUUUGGAAGAGCACCUUCACAGCGAGCACUUUAUAACACCCUAUGACGUUCCCGAGCCCGAAACCGAGGCUGAACCCUCCUCGUCGGAAACUAGAGUUUGUGAGUGGCAGGAAGUGGGUGUCGACGGGAGUUCUCACGUUUGUGGGAAGGCAUUUAGCAGCGCCAUAGAGCUACAGCGCCACGCAAAGGAUUGUCAUAUCGCAGCACUGAGAAAAAAGACGGGAUACUUUUGCUUCUGGGAAGGGUGCAAUCGGAGGGACAAACCUUUUAGUCAGAAGGGGAAGGUGGAGAGACACAUCCAGACGCAUACCGGCUGUAAGGAUAAUGCCUUGAAGUGCCUUAGCAUCGUUAUUUUAACAGUCGUGCUCUACACUAGACAAAAGUUGUACUUGCCCGUUUUGCCAGAAAGAAUUCUCCGCGCCCCAAGCGUUGCAACAGCACAUUCGUACUCAUACCGGGGAGAAACCCUAUAAAUGCGAUGUACUGCCCCUUCCACUCCCCCGGCGUCCCCGAGACCUGUUUAGAGAGGAUGUGGUGGUGGUAUUGACUGUUGAUGAAUAGAUUUGCGGCAAGGAAUUUGCCCAAGGGUCGGCCAUGACGAUGCACAAGAGGGUCCAUACCGGAGAGCGGCCAUUGCAGUGCGAUUUCCCCGGAUGCGGCAAGCGAUUCUCCGAGAGCAGUAAUCUCUCCAAGCACCGCAAGAGUGAGUUCCCUCCCUCGGCUCGGAGACGUGACGGGCGACGGGGCAGACACGAGACACGGAAGGCUAGACACUAACAAUUAUCUCCACCCAACAGCGCACAACCCGGUCGGGCAACACCGAUGCGGCUUCCCCAGUUGCGACAGAUCUUUCCAUAGGUUAGGUAGGUUUCUACGAGUUCUCCUUCGGUUCUUGUCGAAUGGGUCGAAUUGGCGGGAACCCUAUGGGUCACAGAUUGCUAAGAUUAAGCUCUCCAGAUCAAAUGAAACGCCACCAGAAGACCCACGGCACCGUCGUCUCAUCCAGCAACCUAGACUAAUCGCGCCCAAGCGCGGGGGGGAAUAAACGAAUGGUUCAGCGCAGAUUAUGGCUGACAAAGGGAUUGCCUGGCUUUUUGAGCACUCUCUUGUGGAGGUUUGGGGAGUGAAAUGCCGUGGGGACCUAUCAUACACACUUCUCCGAGAAGCGGAGCUGUCACCCGUCUGACGUGGUGCAACAGCAAGGGCUAGCUUAUGCGAUGGCCUCCAAGUUCAAGCUCUCUGGCUCGUUGUGUGUGGGUUCCCGCGUUGAUGUUGGCAUUAUCCGGAUGGGGUAUUUAAGACUCGGUACAUGAGAUGAAUACCUUUUAUUGCUCCAAUGAGUGCCGCUAUGACACCCUAUACCUUUGCGGUCUGGCGGUAUUUCCUUUUUAUUUAUUUUUUCUUUCUGAUUUCAAUUCUAGCUCCUGUCCGUACCUAGAUACUACCCGUAUAGUCAGACCGGUGCUUAGAUCAUUUUCCCAAUGAAUGAGCGGUUAUCCCCAAU